UGCAGGAACCCCCUUCUCCCCCCAUCAGCUCUACCCAUUCCCAGCACCAUCACAGACCCUGCUCUCCCUUUAAAGAGAGAGGAGAGGAGGAGCAAAAGGAAGAUGAAUUUACCGCAGUGGAUUUUACAAUUGCCUCUCGCGUCCCGGUCGGAGGGGGGGUGUUUGCAGAGCUGCCCGCGUCUAACACGAGUGUAAAGUAGCUCCAGGACAGAAGAAAACUCCAUACCCUGCCGCUGCCAGAAGUGCAACUCCAUACUCGCCCUGCCCGGCGGCUUCGUCCCUUCCCCGCCCUCCCACCGUGUGCCGUGCCGAGAUGCAUCCAGCCAGUAGAGGACGGGGUAGGUCCCCCCGGCCGUCAGUCGGUAGGGGCUGCCCGGCUCGGGACGAGCUGAUCCCGUACUAAGGACUGACCCUGGCGGAGAGCGGAGCACGCACAGCUGGGGGUGCCCGGCCCCGCACCGUGCCUGGAAGCACCGCCCGCUCGGCAUCUUCCUCCCUCCGGCGGCCGGGUAACCCCGCGCUAUCUCCCGCGGAGAACUGCCCUCUAACUUCGGCUCCGACUCCACGGGUUGCGGGCAGGAUGGGGGUUGCGGCAUCCCCCUUCUGCCCCGGGGGCAACCGGCCCCUUCCUCUUCCUCCUCCCAGCGCCGGGCUCCUGGCUGGAGCCCCUCUGCCACAGCCUCUUCCCCGUGUCCUGCCGGGGGCGGAGAGCCCUCCCCGGAGCGCCUGAGCGCCGGCCGGGCUUCAGCACCUCGGACAGCUCCCGGCCGCCGGCGGGCUGGGACCGGGACCGGGCAGCGGGGUGUCGCCGGGCUCUGCCCGCGGAGGGGACAUCGGUGCCCGCGGAGGGGACAUCGGUGCCCGCGGAAGGGACAUCGGAGCCCGCAGAGGGGACAUCGGAGCCCGGCUCCGGACCUGCCUCGGUGCCCCGGUGUAUUGCGUACCGCCGGCAGCCCUCUGCUGUAGCAGCACGCCGCUCUGCCGAGAAGGACGCCGAGAGAUACACACACACACGCACGCACGCUACCACUCGCCUCCCUCACGGAGCCAGAAGAGGGCUUAUCUUUGGGCUCGGAGCCUGUUUGUCUUCUGUGGAUCGGGAUUUACAAGCUCGGACGGUGCCUGGUUACAGCGGUGUAUGAGUCUACAGACCCCCGAGGUGCGCUACAGGGUUAGAAAGAAACCUCGGAUCUGUCACGCUGUGGAGGGGUUAAGUAAACCCUAGACAAGCAGCAAAGCCACCCUAAGCCUUCCUUCCAACCAACUUUACCCCCCCAGCCUCGAGAAUUUCCUCCUUUCCUCCUCCCUCCACGCUCCUUCCUUUGGAGACUGUAGGAUGAGGCAUUUCCUUCUAUCUGGCUCAGGGUAAAAGCAUACCCUGGGGGCAGCAACACACAUCUGGCAGGGACUGAAAGGUUUUAAUCCAGCCUCUACUGCAAUCAACAAUGGCAAAUGAACCAGUGAUUCUGAAUGUUUAUGACAUGUACUGGAUAAAUGAAUACACCUCCACCUUGGGGAUUGGUGUCUUCCACUCUGGCAUCGAGAUCUACGGCAGAGAGUUUGCCUAUGGAGGGCAUCCCUACCCUUUCAGUGGGAUCUUCGAGAUCACACCUGGCAGUGCGGUAGAACUUGGCGAGACCUUCAAAUUCAAAGAAUCCAUUGCCUUGGGCACCACAGACUUCACAGAAGAGGACGUGGAUAAGAUUAUGGAAGAGCUGGGCAAGGAGUACAAAGGAAACGCGUACCACCUGAUGCACAAGAACUGUAAUCACUUCUCUGCUGCUCUGGCUGAGAUACUAUGUGGGAAAGAGAUCCCCCGCUGGGUGAACCGCCUGGCCUACUUCAGCUCCUGCAUCCCCUUCCUCCAGAGCUGCCUCCCCAAGGAGUGGCUGACCCCAGCAGCCCUGCAGAGCCACAUCAGCCUCGGCCUCCACAAGGAGGAGCAGGGGGACACAACGGAUGAGGAGUCCCCCUCCACCUCCACAGCCCCCUCAGCCUCAGGCACAUCGCGAACCUGUAGACACACUCGGGUCUGACCUGUGCCCAGGAUGUCUCAAAGAACAUCUCCCUCUCUCUUGUACUGUUUCUUUCUCACACCCUUUGGCACACCUUGGUUUCUCUCUUCUCCUCUUCAACGGACGACACAGGGGAGAGAAGACCCUUUCUACUAAGGAGGUGAAGCUUCAGUCCCUUUUCCAAGGGCUGCCACUGCAGUUGCUCGACAAAAAGACUGUGAACUCCAACGCUGUACUGAGGAGUGUGGCAACUAAACUGGAUUCUCCUCCCAGGCCCCCCAUGCUCCUUGAUCCUGGCUCUCUCGGGCAGGAGAGCAUGUGUAUGGGCAGGGGGGCACCAUACUGUGACGUUCCUUCUCUGGUACUGUUUUAUCUUUUUAUCUCUUCCCCCACCCAUUUGAGCCCAGUAGCCUCCUCUCUAUUUUGGCUGGGCUUGCCGUUCCCCUGUGACAAAUCUCCUGCCCACACCCAGUGAAGGAAGCAGAGCCAGAACUCAACCUUCUCAUCUCUUAGACCAGCAACAAGCUCCACUCAGCCCCAUCCCUUUUGUAAUUAUCAGGUUUCUAACUCAUGUGAAGGACAAAUGAAAGGUGCUGCUGUUCUAAAACCACCAGUUUUCAUAACUCAAAUUUAAGAGCUCGAAUGACUGUCCUGCUCUUGAAAAUAAUAACAAAGAACCUAGAAAAUGAAUGUGUUACUGUGGCUUUUCUUUGGGGUCAAAAAGAGGAUGGGACUAAUGCUUACAGGCAGCUACCAAGUAGGUGCAGAGGUGACUGUUGACCAUAUUGGUGCUUUUUGGCACAGACCCCUCUCAGUUUCCCUAGUUGUAGGCAGCAUUCUUCACUUCCCCCUUUCCCCAGGAUUCCCUAGGGAAUCUCUCUCCUAGCUGACAUUUGCUGGCUGUCUUUGGGAGAAUGGCCUUCCUGAGCACAAGGAGGAAGAGAGUGAAUCUGUUGGGAAGAUCAGUAUUUCCUUAAGCUUUUCCUCCUGCACCCACUGACCUAAAACGUGGUUCCAGAGCCACCCUUCCCAGCCUAUUAUUGAGCCAACUCAAGAAGGUAAAAAUAAGUGGUAAACCCAAAGAAUGUCAAACUGUUUUCUUCUCCUCCCUUUUUGGAGGUGGAGGGGGAAACUUAGGACCACAUCUGGAAAGCAUGGAUGACCCUUUCAAUGCAUGGGCCACUACAGUGCCUUCCGUUGUGUGCACUAUUUCAGUGGCAUGAAAAAUGGGCACAGCUGGCUCACUGGCCUCUCCAGGCUGGCUCUUGACAAGAAUCUGGUCCUUGGAUGCAUCUAUGCUCAUUCUGACAGCUGAUGAGAAAGCAGAGGAGGAAGAAAGGACAAGUACACCAACACUUCCACUCAGUUACCUCACUAGGACUUCUGAUCAGAAGACGUAGGAGAGAAUCAAAGGGUAAAUCCAGGCCCCCUUUCUCCCUUGCACUUCCUUUUGGCUACACAAAGGAGGAUGAAAAAGGAACAGGCACAGCGUUGAGAGGGGGUUGCCAUUUUAGAAAUGCUGUUCCAAACAGCUACUACUGAGUCAGGACUUCCACCCUCCACCCAGAAAGAACUACAAGCCCUUAAGAUGGGUGGUUGUCUCCUGUUAUUGGUCGCAAUAGCAUGCUAAGUUCAACCAGCUGUUUCUUUAGCUCAGGUAUACAGAAGCGUGUGCUUUCAGGGCUGAAGGUCUUGGCUAUGAUGUACAUCAUGUCUGCCUAGAAAGCGCUUAAUGGUUUGUUACAUGUGCAUGCUCUUAGAGAAGCAGCAGACUUUGGAGAGAUCUAUUGGAUGGGAAUACAACUCACAGGAUGCCCUUGCUCCACUGCCUCCUGAAGUGAUGCAUGUUUGGGCAACAAAACCUUUACAAUAUGCCUCUCAUUUUCAUCCUCCGAACAAAUUGCUGCAAGUUCUGUGCUGAACUAAAGUCAUGUUCCUUAUUAACCUUGGCUGCUCACAGCCAGUACUGCAUUGUGAGCAAUUCUGCAGCUCCUGGUAUCCAGUCCAGCACCAAUCUUGAUUACCCUGGCUUGUCCAGGGAUGUUUAAUAAGAUUUCCAUCCUGUUCUCAAUCCCGCUGCCCAGAAACCUCAUUACACAAUGUACUGUUGCACUCUCUAUUCCCCUGCAGUCAUGGUCAUUGCAGCCUAAACCAGCAGUGCAAGCUCCAUUUGUCUGAAGUUCCCAGUGUGCCUGCCAAUAGCCAGCAGCACAUUAUGUGCAGUGAAUUUUAAAAUCUCUUUUUAGGUCCUUCUCUGGAGAAAAGUGAGAAGAGGCUUUCCCAGAGCUUUUGUCUAGGCCAGGGAAACUGCAGUGAGAAACACCUAGUUCCUGAUGUGACAAAAGCCAGCUGGGCAUCACCUCAUGUUUCUGCUCUGCACCUGAGCUCCAGGUAAAGCACCGUGUAUAUACAUCUAGGCGAGAACCAGGGCUCCAGAGGCACAUCUCACACACAGAUUUCCUUUCACAGUAUUUCACAAAGUAAAAAAUGUUUAACUGGCUGUGUGGUAACCCGGACAAGAAAGCUACAUUCAGCCUCCCUGGGGACAUGAAUAUGUGCUUGAAGUAUUGGGAACAACACUUGGGGUGAGAUGUCAGUAUCAUAAAAAACAGAUGUUUGUUUAUCUACUUUUA